AUGCCCCCCAGACUUUCUAUCCAGAUUCCUCCUCGUUGCGGUUCACCAGCCCUAGCGACGAGCGCCACCUUAACACCCAGCGAGCUGCAACUAAACCUAAACGAGAUACUUAGGCGUCUGACGACUAGCAGUGAAGACGCCGAUGACAUGGACGAUGACCGCUCCCACUAUGGCGAUAGUGUGGACGACAAGGAGUCUCCCCAGGACGCCACUGUUGAUGACGACAUGCUCAGUCCGGAUUCAUACGCCGAGUUCUCAUCGCUUAACCCUUAUGACGCUACUGGUGAUAAUGAGGACUUGGCCAUGAGUACCUCUACUGAGGAGCAAUGGAGUGAAAUGCCAGUGCAUCAGACUCUUGUUGUUCCCGUCCACGUGGAGAGCCUAGAGGAGACAUUGGCGAGGUUGUCGAGCGAGCUCGACUCGGAGCAUCAGGCCAUCCAAGCCGACGAGUCUGCAGCGCUGGAGUUACUGCAGUCGCUUUGUGGCGAUAUUGGUGGUGAUAGGGAUUUGGGCUCUGAAUCAGAAGCAUAG